CUGGGACCGAGGCCUCUGGCCUGCCCGGGGCCUCAAAAUGGCGGAGGCGGUGCUGCAGUGCCUCCGCGACGCUUGCCCUCCGGAGCUCCCUCCGGCCGCGGGGCUCUUGGUGGCAGCCGGGGCGGAGUGGGCCGCAGCAGCGUCGGCGGGGACUCUACUCUUGGCCGUGCGGCCUUCCGAGGCGGAGGAGGCCCAGCCGGUGCUGCUGUGCGCCGCGCUGCUGGAGGCGGAGGAGGAGGCGGCGGCCGCGGAGCUGUGGCUGAGGCGGCCCUUCUUGCGGCACUUGGGCCUAGCGCCCGGGAGGCGGGUGAGGCUCUGGCCCGUGCGGAGGCCUCCCUUGCUGGGAUGGGUUCUGCUCGGAGGAGGCGCCGCCGCCGCAGGGAAGGCCCCGCGCUUAAGCUCCAGCCUCUUGGUCCGCCGCGGAGAGGCCUUGCCCGGCUCGGAGCUGCAAGUCUUAGAGGCCCGGCCUGCGCUCCAAGGCCUUGUGGGCGCCGGGACUCGCGUGGCGGUGACUGAGCUGCGCGGUGGAGGGGAGAGCCGAAGCCCGAGGGCGCCUCCCUCGCCUCCCUUGGUCUCCAGCUGGGCCCACGGCGGGGGGGAGCGGCUGGCCAGAGGGGAGCGCGCCCGCCCGGCCUCGUGGGGAGGGGACGCCCUCUGGCUCACCCGGCGUGGCCUCCGCAGCCUGGGCCUCUUCCAGGGCGAGUGGGUCUCCGCCUCUGCCGGGAAGGGCCCCCCGCGCCUGGCCGUCGUGCGCGCCCUCAGCCCGCCCUGGGCCUUCCCUCUGCGGAGCCCCGGCGACCAAGAAGACGCCUGCCUCAGCGAGAGGGCCCUCCUGCCCGCCGCCCUGGCCUUCAACCUCUCCUGCGACCCUUUGGAAGGCAGCCUCCUGAAGAUACAGAGAUAUGGUGAAGCUGCUGGUGCACAAGAGAUAAAAGGAAGUCGAUCCUUGCUAUCUGUGCCACCCUUUGCCAAGGAGCUACACAUAGAGAUUGUGUCCUCUCCAGCCUACAGCACCAGAGGAGUCUAUGAUCAAAUCCUCUACCAACACUUUCAAACGCCCAGGGUUGUCCAGGAGGAAGAUAUUUUGUGUGUUCCAACAGUAGGACAUCCUGAGUUCUUAGAGGAAAAUUCAGAAACCUUUUUUAGAUGGACAGAUCUCUACUUUAAGGUGAAAAGGAUAUUACCAAUAGAGGAAAAGCUGCAAACUGUGGGAUACUUGGUUGAUACUCAACAUACUUCUUUAUUUCUGAUUGGUUCAACAAAUAGUGCUGUUCCUUCUUUCCCAUCUCAAUAUCCCCAAGGUUAUUGGAGCAGCUUGUCACCUGCCGGGCUCUGUACUGCAGUGAAGCAACUCUGUGACAUUCUCGGCCCUUACUUACACAACAGGGGAACUCUGCUAAAUAGAUCUGGAAGUAUCCUUCUUUCAGGACCCAGCGGUGUAGGGAAACUGACAGCUGUCAGGGCUGCCUGUAGCCGACUCAAUAUCCAUUUAUUCAAGGUGGAUUGUGUUGGCUUAUGUGGUGACACUAGUGCAUCUACAGAAGCAAAAUUGCAUGCAGCCUUCUUGGAGGCUGAGCUGUAUAAUCCUUGUGUUCUGCUGAUGAAAGAUGUAGAGCUAUUGGGAAGAGAUCGUGAUGGACUUGGAGAGGACUCCAGAGUUAUCCUUGCAUUACGGCACCUUCUCCUGGACAGGGAAAUGAAAACUGGCAGUUAUCCUGUCUUGGUGAUUGGCACAACAACCAAACUUGGAGAUAUCCCUACAGACUUGCAGACAGCAUUCCUCCAUGAGGUGAAAAUUGAAGUGCCAUCUGAAGAGGAAAGGAAAGCCAUGUUAAGCAUGCUGACAGAAAACUUCCCACUGGGCAAAGAAGUGAGCCUGACCAAGCUAGCCCGGCAAACUGCAGGCUUUGUUCUUGGGGAUUUUUGUGCUUUACUCUCCCUUAGCAGUCAUGCAGCCUACACCAGGAUCCAGAGUUCAAGCUUCCUGGGAGCAGCAAUGGAUGAAGAAGAGCAUGAUUUUUGUGCUGCUGGCUUUCCUCUUUUGGCAGAAGAUUUUGUUACUGCACUGGAUAAACUGCAUGAGGCUCAAUCACAGGCAAUAGGAGCCCCAAAGAUACCAUCUGUCUUCUGGCAAGAUAUUGGUGGGCUCCAAGAUGUGAAGAAGGAGAUCCUAGACACCAUUCAGCUUCCCCUGGAACAUCCAGAGCUACUGUCUUUAGGCCUGCGCCGCUCUGGCCUCCUACUCUAUGGCCCUCCUGGAACAGGAAAGACUCUGUUGGCUAAAGCUGUAGCAACAGAAUGCACUAUGACCUUCCUCAGUGUGAAGGGACCCGAGCUCAUUAACAUGUAUGUUGGGCAGAGUGAAGAGAAUGUGCGUGAAGUGUUUGCCAGAGCAAGAGCAGCUGCUCCCUGCAUUAUCUUUUUUGAUGAGCUGGAUUCCUUGGCACCCAAUCGUGGGCGGAGUGGAGAUUCAGGGGGUGUAAUGGAUAGAGUUGUAUCUCAACUGCUAGCAGAGCUUGAUGGACUUGAUUCUUCACAAGAUGUGUUUGUCAUUGGAGCCACAAACAGGCCUGAUCUUCUAGAUUCAGCAUUGCUCCGACCAGGCAGAUUUGACAAGUUGGUCUAUGUAGGUGUAAAUGAAGACCGAGAUUCACAGUUGCAAGUACUCAGUGCCAUCACCAGAAAAUUUAAGAUGGAUCCUUCAGUGAAUCUACUUGGUGUUCUUGACAAAUGUCCCGUACAACUAACAGGUGCGGACUUGUAUGCAUUGUGCUCAGAUGCCAUGAUGUCUGCUAUCAAGAGAAAAGUGGAGUGGAUAGAGGAAGGACUGGAUACAGAGAACUCAGAGCUCAUGUUGACCAUGGAGGACUUUGUUCAAGCUACAACCAGGUUGCAGCCUUCUGUUUCUGAAUCAGAACUUCUUAGAUACAAAUUGAUCCAGCAGAAAUUUGCUACUUGAUAAGCAUCCAGCAAAGGUGGAAAGAGAACACACCCAGAUAGAACAGUAUAACCCCAAGGAAUCUGAAAUCAUUUUGGUAUGGAACACUAUUCAUGUUGGAGAAAUGAAAAGGGCACAGUUUGUUACAAUCUACUGGCUUCGGAUGAGGUAGGAAUGAGGUCUAGUCAUGGAAUUGAGAUUGAUGACUUCUAAACUGAGUUGGAACUUGAUGCAAAAUAGUCCUCAUUCAUGCUCAGUCCCAUUGCAGAUCUAUAAGGAUGUCAACAUCAAAUGGAACACCAUGGGAUAACAACACGAGCCUAGGAAUAUGGGGGGAAAGUGGCUGUAAGUAUCUAAAAGUGUCCAAAUAAAGAUUGGAUUGCUUUCCGAGAAGGAUAAAUGCUCUUUA